UCUCCGUCGCUGCUGCGCCACUCCAAACCCCUCAAAACAACAGAACCCCGCACCGCGAGAUCUGCGCAGCAAUGGUGGCGCCGCGGCACCUCGCCGCGCUCCUCCUCCUCCUACUCGCCGUCGCCACCGUGGCGGGGGAAGACGAGGGCCCAAGGGGGCGGCGGCUGCUGGUGCUGUUGGACGACCUGUCCGUACGGUCGUCGCAUUCGGCCUUCUUCGGUUCGCUCCAGGCGCGCGGGUUCGAUCUGGACUUCCGCCUUGCCGACGACCCCAAGCUCUCGCUCCACCGCUACGGCCAGUACCUCUACGACGGCCUCGUGCUCUUCGCCCCCUCCACCCCACGUUUUGGUGGAUCUGUGGACCAGAAUGCUGUUCUGGAAUUUAUCGAUGCCGGUCAUGAUAUGAUCCUGGCUGCAGAUUCAACUGCCUCUGAUCUUAUUCGUGGCAUUGCAACAGAGUGCGGUGUUGAUUUCGAUGAGGAUCAAGAGGCCAUGGUUAUUGAUCAUAUUAAUUAUGCUGUCAUGGAUGUUGAAGGUGAUCACACGUUGAUUGCUGGCGAUGAUCUCAUCCAGUCAGAUGUGAUACUGGGAUCUAAAAAGAUCGAGGCUCCUAUAUUGUUUCGAGGAAUUGGACAUGCGGCUAAUCCAUCAAACGGCUUGGUUCUGAAAGUCCUAUCUGCCUCUCCAUCAGCAUAUUCAGCAAACCCAAAGACUAAGUUGGGGUCUCCUCCAUCUCUUACUGGGUCAGCAAUAUCAUUGGUUUCUGUUAUGCAGGCUAGAAAUAAUGCUCGGGUACUGAUAUCUGGAUCACUUGAUCUGUUUAGCAACCGGUUCCUAAAGUCUGGUGUUCAAAAGGUUGGUAGCAAGACGAGGCAUGAGAGAGCUGGAAAUGAGCAAUUUGUGACAGAGACAAGCAAAUGGGUUUUCCACAUGAGGGGCCAUCUAAAGGCAGUGAGUGUCAAGCAUCACAAGGUUGGAGAGACAAAUGAACCUGGCAUGUACCGCAUUAAUGAUGACCUGGAAUACUCGGUUGAGAUCUAUGAAUGGUCUGGAACAAGCUGGAAGCCAUAUGUUGCUGAUGACGUUCAAGUUCAGUUCUACAUGAUGAGUCCUUAUGUUUUGAAAACUCUGUCGACCGACAAGAAGGGUUUGUACUCAACAUCCUUCAAAGUUCCUGAUGUUUAUGGAGUUUUCCAGUUCAAAGUCGAGUACCAAAGGCUGGGAUAUACCUGUCUGUCUUUUACAAAGCAGAUUCCAGUUCGUCCCUACAGGCAUAAUGAGUACGAGAGAUUCAUAGCAUCAGCAUAUCCAUACUACACUGCCUCAUUUUCAACCAUGGGCGCUUUCUUCAUGUUCUCGUUCGUGUACCUGUAUCACAAAUAGAGAACUCAUGGGAGGCACAGGUUACCCAAGGCCGAUGUGUGAGCCAAGUGUUACUCGGUGCAAUUUUAUGGAACCGUACUUUUGUAGUGCCAGCUUAGAUAACAUUCGACGACCGCAGUCGUUCUCAAUGAGAAACUUACUCUUUCUAGAGAUUGAUCCACCCCUCUUUUUCUUAGAUCCUUUCUGAUCAGCACAGACAGCACUUGUGGACACUUUUACAGCCUAUAUAGGAUUGAAAUGAUGACAAGCAUGUAGUGAGUUUGGAAGUACUGUGUUGCGGAUUAAUUGCCUCUCCUGCUCAGUUCUGACACCCCUGGAUGUUGACUUGUAAGUUUGUUGUUGUAAGCCUGUACUUGUUCUUGCCUCUUA